UCGGGGCCCUGGCAGCCGUUUUGCGGAGGUGCCACGCCCUAGGGGCUGGGCCGUGGUGGGCCCGGGGUCUACUCCGACCACCUGGACCGCGAAGUGGCCUGGGAACUGGAAGGAAGAUGUUCCCCGGGCGCUGUCCGCCGCCCGCGCUACUGGGCCGAGGUCCCCAUCUCAACGUAGAUUCUCUUUUUCCCCUCUUCUGCAGGCUCGUUUCUGGCAUGAUGGCGCAAAGGGCCUUCCCGAAUCCUUAUGCAGAUUUUAACAAAUCCCUGGCCGAAGGCUACUUUGAUUCUGCUGGGAGGCUCACUCCUGAGUUCUCACAACGUGUGAACAAUAAGAUUCGAGAGCUUCUUCAGCAAAUGGAGAGAGGCCUAAAAUCAGCAGACCCUCGCGAUGGCACUGCUUACACUGGAUGGGCAGGUAUCGCUGUGCUUUACUUACACCUCUAUGAUGUGUUUGGGGACCCUGCCUACCUGCAGAUGGCACAUGGCUAUGCAAAGCAAAGUCUGAACUGUUUGACCAAGCGUUCCAUCACCUUCCUGUGUGGUGAUGCGGGCCCCCUGGCAGUGGCUGCUGUGGUGCAUGACAAGAUGAACAAUGAGAAGCAGGCAGAAGACUGUAUCACCCGGCUAAUUCACCUAAAUAAGAUUGACCCGCAUGCUCCAAAUGAAAUGCUGUAUGGACGAAUGGGCUACAUCUAUGCUCUUCUCUUUGUGAAUAAGAACUUUGGAGUAGAAAAGAUUCCUCGAAGCCAUAUUCAGCAGAUUUGUGAAACAGUCUUAACCUCUGGAGAAAACCUAGCUAGAAAAAGAAACUUCACAGAAAAAACUCCACUGAUGUAUGAAUGGUACCAAGAAUAUUAUGUGGGGGCUGCUCAUGGCCUGGCAGGAAUUUAUUACUACCUGAUGCAGCCCAGCCUUCAAGUGAGCCAUGCGAAGUUACAGAGUUUGGUCAAGCCUAGUGUAGAUUAUGUCUGCCAGCUGAAAUUCCCUUCAGGCAAUUACCCUCCUUGUGUGGACGACACUCGAGAUCUGCUAGUCCAUUGGUGUCACGGUUCCCCUGGGGUAAUCUACAUGCUCAUUCAGGCCUAUAAGGUGUUCAGAGAAGAACGGUAUCUCAAUGAUGCCUACCAGUGUGCCGAUGUGAUCUGGAAGUACGGGUUGCUGAAGAAGGGGUACGGGCUGUGCCACGGCACUGCGGGGAACGCCUAUGCCUUCCUGACCCUGUUCAACCUCACGCAGGACAUGAAGUACCUAUAUAGGGCUUGUAAGUUUGCUGAGUGGUGUCUAGAUUAUGGAGAACAUGGAUGCAGAACACCGGACACUCCUUUCUCCCUCUUUGAAGGAAUGGCUGGAACAAUAUAUUUCCUGGCUGACCUGCUAGUGCCCACAAAAGCCAAGUUCCCUGCAUUUGAACUAUAAAAGGAGAGUCUGCCCCCUGCAACUCACUGCAUGAGCAUUUCUGUAUAUCAAACCAUGAUUAAAGCAACAGUAGAAUCAAACUAUGUGCUUGAUUUAGUUGACUUUUUUUCAGAAUUUGAAUUCAGUUCCUGUUUAUUAUUUACUUUUAUUUUAAAAUACCCAAGGAAGUCUUAAUUAACUUCAGUUUUUCCUAAAAAAAGUAGGAUAGGUGAUAAUGUACAGUAUUUUGAGGGCACGUAUGUAUAUGUGUGUGUGUGUAUUUCAGAAUUUGGAGGCAAUUGUAUUUUAAGCUUAUGAAUAUAACCAUCUGAUACUGUUCUGAAAAUAUUCCAAAGAAACUGAGUAUAGAUAAGUAUAUGAUAAUUGUUGGAUAUUUCCCUCGUUAGUAUUUUUUUAUGACAGUUUUAUGACUUUGCUUUUCUCUUGGUGGUUGAUUAUGAAAGGGGACAAAAAUAUAACUGCUUCCGGGUCAAAAGUCUCAAGAGUUGUCAACUGAGAUGAGCUAGGGACCUAAAUACCAUUUUUCAAGUUCUCAAUACUUAUUUAAACUAGAGAUAAACAUACUUUGAAAUUCACCUCCUUUUUUUAUCAGAGAACCCAUGCUCUGUAACCCAACAUCUUCAUCAAAAACUUUUGAAAUUCGAUGGUUAUUGUGAAACUUCUGAUUUGAAGGUUAGUUCAUGAUAAGCUAACAAAAACAGUUCAUUGUUUUCUCUAAAAUAAGCUAAUGUGGAACUACUUAUGUAAAUGUGUUUGUUCUUUGGAAUUAGUAUAAGAUUAGGAACACAUUGUGUGAAUAUGUUAUAUCCCGGGAUUUAAGUUCAUCCCGUCUGACCUUCUAAACUUUCACUUGUGCUUUACUUACUUGCAGUGACUGUGCUAUUAAAGUGUUGGCUGUUUGGUAUAAGCCAUAAGAUGUUUCCCUUCCUAUUUAUCUAGACUUAGUCUUUAAAUAGUAGAGCAUUCUACUUCUGUUAUUAGAGGUGAAGGGUGCUAUAUCAUCAAUAUCCUGAACAAAAUCACUAAGCUUUUGACAGAAAUGCUAUUUAUUGAGGAGGUAUUAUCCAUUGAUCAUACUUAGAACAAAUGGAUCCCAUCUUUCUGCAUAUCCUAGGCUUUAACAUUCACCAGUUUCUUAGCCUUCAGGAUCAGGUAUUUAUAUGGUAGAUGUAGAAUCAAAUCCCUGGUGCUUCAAAAUCUGUACAAAUGUUUUGACUCAUCAGUUACCAUUUCUUCUGUUUCCAUUACUGACUUUCCCAGGCUUGUUUCAUCUUUUCAAUAUAUUUUGACUGAUUUGGGAACAUUUUGCAGCUUUAAAAAAACAAGAGUCUAAGAAUUUUAAUGUGCCUACUUCACAGCUCUCUUGGUCACAAAAAUAUGCUAUUUUCAUUGCAACUUUGAACCAAAUCCCCACUGCGUACAUAUUAGUUCCUGUUUCUCCUAUUAAUUUCCAUUUAGCAGCAAAACAGCUAACAUUUUAGAAACCGUCUGACCUUUUAAAGGAUAAUGACAGUUGUACCUAAAGUACAACCCAGGGCUCAGUUCCUAGGAUUAGCUUAUUCCUCUGUGACUUCUGCUAUUCGGGACAACCUUGUGCCUCUCAAAUUUCUAAAGUGCUGCUAGAAAGCUGUAUGUGCAAGCUGUGCCCUUCCCAUGAACGUUUCAGAUCAGAGGUAUCAGCACUCACACUAAAGUUCAUUUGCCUUUAUCCAACUUGAAAGAAUAAAGACCAUUAGGUUUAGUUAAAUGUCUUACUAUACUGUACCUGCACUUUGAGCUGCUAUAGUAACUAGCCAAGGGAAAAAGAAUAAAACACCUUCUCUUAACCAGAGAAACCAGAGAAGAUUGAUCACAGUGCUUCUCCAAAUAUCUUGAUUAAUUUAACCCCAGAAAAACAUCAAUGCAGGGAGGAGAACAUUUUGAAUAAAAUUCUUGUUCAUAUUUGGAUUGCAAUCUAGCUGCUGUCAUCCAUUAACAACUUUAUCGAUACAAAUGAAUUGAGGUUUUAUUUUUUCUUUAGCCUUUUAGAGUUAUUAAACUGGAAGGAUUUUAUAUUUGUGCCAUUGUUUGUUUUAUUUAUGUUUUUAAGCUAAGAAAUUUUGAUAGGAUUUUAAACUCAGGCAAAGGCUAUAAAACCCAGACUAAUACCCUUAUACUAUGGUAGAAAAGGAACUUUUUAUACUAGCUUUCUUAGGUUUGGAAAGAAGAGAUAUCAUUUCAAUUCUAUUUACAUCAUUUUUCCCUCAGAUAUUUUUCUUUUUGGUAACAAAAACAAAAAACUUCCCAGAAAUGCUUCCCAGAAAACUCAAUGGUGUCUCUUAUCUACAUGCAAAGGCUAAGUAGUAAAACCUUGUCAAGCAGUAUUCAUUUAUCUUGUCAUGUGUUUCUCUGAACAUCAUGAUCAAUUAUUUACAUUGAUCCUAUUGGGCUUUGGUCCUAUCAAGAAGUCAGUCUUUAAUCCUUAGAGUCGUUUGACUCCCUUUUCAUCUUUGAUGUCAGUUCCAUUUAUUUAACAUCAAAAGCCUUCACGGUGGGUAGAGUUAUAGGUAAAAGCGGCCAUUUUCUCUCGUUACCACUUUCCUGUGCAACUGAAUUGAGAGAUAUACACCAUGCUCCUGUGUCCUCAGGUUAAUUUGUGUCUGAUCUUACAACGCCUUGCUUUCUCUUAGCUGAGUUUGAAAUACAAAAUGUGAAAAAUGAACAUUUAUUCAUCUACUCCUUCGCCUACAUGAGCUCACUGUAGUCCUUUAUUAUUCAUACUGAAUUCCGAUUCCAGUUAUGCUUCCCCUAAAUAGAUCAGUGCACCCUAUUUCUAUAUUAUUAAGCUGUAGAAGAACUGUUUCUCUCCUACAAAACACAGUGUUUGAGAUAUUCAGGGAUCCCAUACCAAUGUUCUAUUGCCGUUUAUUGGAAAGGGCUGAGAUUGUAUUAUUUCUCUGUUCUGUAAAGGAUUUGACUUACUGGUUCUCAAUAAAAUUUUAUUAGGACUAUAA